GGGGGGUGGAGGAGGAGAGAAAAGGAGGAGGACAUUAAGGCAGAAGACAGUGGCUCCCAAUGACAUAAAGCUUCACUACCUGAAGCCGCCCGACCAACCGAGCGACCAUCUCUGCCCCCCCCCCCCUAAAAGACGUCGAGGAGCCGCGGGACGGCGGUCCCGCGUGACAUGCACCCCCCUGUAUAAGGCAGACCCUCCUUUCUGAUCGGAGCCGGCCUGCCACUGGAUUACAGCACCAUCCGAGGAAGCUUCUUCUAGUUGUAAAUCCACCCAUGCAUCUUGCAGACGGCGCAGGAGACGGUGCACUUGCGACCAAGAGUGCCUCCUACCCCUGCUGAGUGAAGCCCCAAUCACAUUUCAGUCAUCUCCAAGCAGCCUACAGUGGGACCAUGCAUCUGUGCAGCACAGGCGGCGCACUGGUCCAAUUCAGCAGGCUGAUCCCCGGGUUCCGCCUCAGGACCUCCCCCCUGUGUCUCCUUCUGCAUCUCAUCAUCCUGCUAAUUAAAGUGACCGAUCUUUCCGCAGUACCAGCUGCGCCCAAAUUCACCAAGAUUCCCACAGACCAGAUUGGAGUAUCAGGGGGCGUGGCGUCGUUUGUGUGCCAGGCCAGCGGGAAUCCCAAACCGGUCGUCUACUGGAACAAGAAGGGCAAGAAAGUCAACUCUCAGCGUAUCGAGACCAUCGAGUUUGACGACGGCGCAGGCGCCGUGCUGAGGAUCCAGCCUCUCAGAGCACCUCGAGACGAGAACAUCUACGAGUGUGUCGCGCGUAACAGCGCAGGAGAGCUGUCAGUCACGGCAAAGCUGGCCAUUAUCAGAGGUGAGGCAAAGUCAUGA